AUGGCACUCCUCGAUCUGCUCGAAACAUACCGACAGCCUCUCGCCCUCGUGGCCGGCCUCUCGCUUGUGUUCUACCUUCUCUCACGCCUUCACCAACAAUGGCGGCAACACCGGUUUGCGAAAGAAAACGGCUGUGAACCUGUUGUUGGGAAAAUACGCAAUUACGAUCCCUUCUUUGCGCUCGACAGGCUCUAUUUUCUGGGCAAGGCGGCCAAGGAACGCAAAUUGCUGGAGAACAAUAUCAAACGGUUCAAGGAUUAUGGCAACACCCACCGAGGCCAGCGCAUCACCACCCCCAUGCUCGUGACGUGCGAUCCGCAAAACAUCAAGACUUUCCUGUCGCUCAAAUUCAACGACUACAGCAUGGGCGACCGAAUCCAGAUUUUCGGUCCGCUCUUGGGCCACGGCAUCUUCACUAGCGACGGCGAGGACUGGGCUCGCUCUCGCCAUAUGAUCCGGCCAAACUUUGUCAAAGAGCAGGUCGCACACCUUGAAAUCUUCGAAGAAAUGAUGGACGACCUCUUUGCGCUCAUACCCGCCGACGGCAGCACUGUUGAUCUGCAGGAGCUGUUUUUCGGCUACACCAUCGACUCUGCGACUGAAUUCUUGUGUGGUCAUAAUGUUCACAGCUUAAAGAAACGUCGAUCUGGGGUUGUGGAUGGGGAGCCUGACUUUGCUGAAGCCUUCAACUAUUCACUUGACAACAUUUCAAAGAACGGGCGGUACGGCCCUCUGAUGUUUCUUAACCAACACCCGAAAGCCGUGGAAUCGCAUCGUGUCUGCCAGAAGACCAUGGACCAAUUUGUCGACAAGGCUAUUAAAUUGCGAGAAAAUGCUGGCAAUGAGAAGGUGGUCGACGAGACCGCAGAACGUCGAUACAUGUUCCUGUACGGAUUGGCACAACAGACGGGCGAUCGCAGACGGAUCCGAGAUGAAGUCUUGAAUAUCUUGUUAGCCGGUCGCGAUACGACGGCUUCGCUUUUGAGUAACAUGUUCUUCCUGCUGGCAAAGCACCCGGAGACCUGGGCCAAAUUGCAAGAAGAGGUCGCGACACUAGAAGGACGUGCUCCGACUUACGACCAGCUGCGGAACAUGAAGUAUCUCAAGUACUGUCUGAACGAAACUCUCCGUCUCUACCCCGUUGUUCCUGUCAACUCACGGACUGCCAUCAAAGAUACUGUCCUUCCUGUAGGUGGCGGCCCCGACGGUCAGUCGCCUGUUUUUGUCGCCAAGGGCACCGCAGUUGCAUACAGCGUCUACGCCAUGCAUCGCCGCGAAGACUUCUACGGCCCCGACGCGGAGGAGUUCCGGCCCGAGCGAUGGAUCGAUCUACGGCCCGGCUGGGAGUAUCUGCCGUUUAAUGGAGGACCUCGUAUUUGCGUCGGGCAGCAGUAUGCAUUGACCGAAGCGGGAUAUGUCACGACGCGCCUAGCCCAGCGGUACUCAAUCCUUGAGAGCCGUGACCCUGGCCCAUGGGAGGAGAAAUUGACGUUGACUUUGUGUUCCCACAAUGGGACCCUAGUCAGUCUCCGACAUUAG